GCAAAAAAUGGAGCUGAGUUGGAGCGAGGCAGCUGAAGAAGCUGAUGUCGGUUAGCAAGAGAAACUGGAUCGUUUAACACCGAUACCCCCGAAACAACACCACCGAGAUUAACGGCGAAUCGUUACAGGAACGAGCAACAAUCUGGGACUCAAUUAGAUGGUGUGGUCAUGGCGGAGCGGCGGGUGGAGUGCGCAUGGAAGAGACACAUCUCAGAGCAGCUGAAGCUCAGAGACCGAGUGCAGAGACAGGCCUUCGAGGAGAUUGUCCACCAGUACAACCGUCUGCUGGAGAAGUCAGACCUGCAGGCUGUUCUGUCAGAGAGAUAUCAGACUGACAAGUAUGACAUCCAGCGAGGACAUGAGACCAGCUCAGGUGCAGACUCAAGUCGAAGUGACGCCCUGCAGCAGGAAAUGGCUCAGAUGAGAAUCAAACACCAGGAGGAGCUGACGGAGCUGCACAAGAAACGAGGAGAGCUGGCCCAGAGUGUGAUCGAACUGAACAACCAGAUUCAACAGAAAGACAAAGAGAUCCAGAGCAACGAGGCCAAGAUGUUGGAGUACCAGCAGCAGAUUACCAACCUGGAGGGGGACUGUCGGGACCUGAGGAGCUGCCUGCAGGACCUGGAGAGGGCAAACCAGACCCUGAAGGACGAGUACGAUGCCCUGCAGAUCACCUUCUCCGCUCUGGAGGAGAAGCUGAGGAAGACCACAGAGGACAACCAGGAGCUGGUGUCCCGCUGGAUGGCUGAGAAGGCUCAGGAGGCCAACAAGCUCAACGCCGAGAAUGAGAAGGACAGCAGACGCAGACAGGCUAAACUGCAGAAGGAACUGGCUGACGCUGCCAAAGAGCCUCUGCCCGUCGACCCGGACGACGACAUCGAGGUUCUGGCUGAAGAUGGAGGGAAGGGGGGAGGAGAGACGUCCCCUAACAGACCACUCAGCAGAACUCCCAGUAAGAAAAUUUCCCAGCCUCCUCCUGGUGGUCUGCUGGACUCCAUCUCAAGCAUAUUUGGCGUGUCUGAGUGUGUUCAGCCUGGACUCGUCCCACCGCACUCCAGGCGUCGAACUGCCAACUCUUUCAGCUCUUCACCUGAAAACACAGAAACCCCUUCAGGAGUGUGUGCAGAGGUUAGAGUCCCAUCGACGGCGCUGCACGUGUUUGAUGCCCACGAUGGCGAGGUGAAUGCAGUGAGGUUCAGCCCCGGUUCUCGUCUCCUAGCAACAGGGGGGAUGGACCGCAGAGUGAAGCUGUGGGAGGUCAUUGCUGGUCGCUGUGAGCCUAAAGGAGCUCUGACCGGCAGUAACGCUGGAAUCACCAGCAUUGAGUUUGACAGCGCUGGAUCGUACCUGUUGGCUGCCUCUAAUGACUUUGCAAGUCGGAUCUGGACUGUAGACGACUACAGACUGAGGCACACCUUGACAGGUCACAGUGGGAAGGUGCUGUCAGCUCGCUUCCUAUUGGACAACGCUCGGAUUGUAUCUGGGAGCUACGAUCGAACGCUCAAACUGUGGGACCUCCGCAGCAAAGUCUGUAUGAAGACAGUGUUUGCUGGUUCCAGUUGUAAUGACAUUGUGUGCACGGAGCAGUGCGUCAUGAGCGGACACUUCGAUAAGAAAGUUCGAUUCUGGGAUAUCAGAGCGGAGAGUAUCGUCCGGGAGCUGGAGCUGCUGGGCAGAGUGACGUCUCUGGACCUGAACCAUGACCGCACCGAGCUGCUUACGUGCUCCAGAGACGAUUUGGUGAAGAUCAUCGACCUGCGCACCAACGCUGUCAGACAGACUUUUAAUGCUCAGGGCUUCAAAUGUGGAGCAGACUGGACCAGAGUCACCUUCAGUCCUGAUGGAAGCUAUGUUGCUGGAGGAUCCGCUGAUGGAGCCCUGUACGUCUGGAACGUCCUGACGGGGAAAGUGGACCGAACUCUGGACCGAAACCAUAACUCUGCCAUCAACUCAGUGUCCUGGUCGCCUUCAGGGGCGUACGUCGCUAGUGUGGAGAAAGGCAGCAAGGCCAUCCUGUGGUCUGACAUGUGAUUGGCUGAAGGGUGAGACAGCCUGAUGACGUGGAGUCGGACACUGAGGAGGACCGUCCACCGGACGAGUUUGUGUUUUGGACGAUGGUGGAGCUCCUCUGUCGUUGAACUCAUCAGAUGAUAGACUGAAUCGGGCGUAUAUCCAGCUGCUCGUUGUUCUGCCUUCAAGUCGACACGUUGAACAUAAAAACAGCUUCAAUCUCAUGUUUACGUUUUAUCUUUUUCGGGUGCAUUCAGAAGCUAUUGAUGUUCCAGAAAAGCAAACUGCCGUCACAAAGUUGAAAACUUGAUCCAGCCUGAAGUAAAAGGAUUGAAGAGUCAGUGAAGUGUUGAGCAGGAACAGAGUAUGCACCUGAAAGAUGAAUGAAAACACCACUCCACUAAUGUGUGUCUGUGUCUGCACAACCAGAAUAAAGUCAGAAAAAUAUCUGGA